UUCCUCUUUUAACCAUUUUUUUUCCCUUUUACUUUCCUAAGUUCCAAACGGAGCCUUAAGAACUGAGAAAGGUUUUUCACACAUCCUUUAAUAAACCGGUGCUAUAUCAACUGGGUUUAUGCAAGUGAAGGUGUGGGUUUGGAUCUUCCUUUGUCGUUUCAGUUCAGUUACAUAACUGUUAUGCUUGAUAGAGUAAUACGGACAUGGUUUUAUCUAUUAGGCUGGCUCAUGUGAGGCGGUUCUAUACAGCUUCAAGGAUUGCUUUCAAUGAACCCAGAGCCCUUCAGGGCUUAGUGCAAAACAAGGAGCAGUUUACUCAAACGAGUACCAGUAGUAAUGUCUAUCCAGUUAAUGUGCUUGAGGUCAACCGUAAGUUGAAGGAAUUGGUCAAAACAGGUCAUUUGAAAGAUGCCCGCCAAAUGUUUGAUAGGUUGUCCCAAAGAAAUGUAGUUUCGUGGACCACAAUGAUUUCUGGCUAUGUCAACGCCUCUGAUUCGUCUGAGGCGUUGACAUUGUUUUAUAAAGUGUGGGUAGAGCCUGAUCUUGCGAUGGACGACUUCGCGCUUAGUAUUGCUCUCAAGGCUUGUGGACUCAACUUGAAUGAGAAACAUGGAGAGAUAUUACAUGGGUAUUCGGUUAAAACUGGUUUUGUGAACUCUGUUUUCGUUGGUAGUGCGCUUCUUGACAUGUACAUGAAAACUUGUAGGGUUUGGGAGGGUUGCAGAGUGUUUGAAGAAAUGCCUCUUAGAAAUGUUGUUUCGUGGACUGCAAUUAUAACUGGGCUUGUACACGCAGGCGGCAAUGCUGAGGCGUUGAGAUACUUUUCGGAAAUGUUGCGAUCGGGCGAGGAAUAUGACUCGUAUACAUUUGCUAUUGCGUUGAAGGCGUGUGCUAAUACGGGUGCAUUGAAUUAUGGGAGGGAAAUCCACACCCAGGCAACUAAAAGAUACUUGGCUGCGUGCUCAUUUGUCGCUAACACUCUUGUUACUAUGUACAACAAGUGUGGGAAAGUGCUUUAUGGCUUGCGCUUAUUCGAAAGGAUGAAGACCAGAGAUGUGGUUUCAUGGACCACAGUAAUAACAACAUACGUUCAAAUGGGCCAAGAGAAUCAUGCUUUUCAAGCAUUCCUACAAAUGCAAGAAUCAGAAGUUUGCCCCAAUGAAUACACUUUGGCAGCAAUCAUCUCUGCGUGUGCUAAUACUGCAAGGAUGGAAUGGGGUGAACAACUGCAUGCUCAUGUUUUAAUCGUAGGUCUUCUGGACACUUUGUCGGUGGCGAAUUCUAUCAUGACCUUGUAUUCAAGAUGUGGGCAGUUUAAUUCAGCUUCAACGGUUUUUCAUGGAAUGAGCAGAAGAGACAUUGUUUCUUGGAGCACUAUUAUUGCCGGGUACUCUCAAGGUGGUCAUGGCGAGGAAGCUUUCAAGUAUCUAUCGUGGAUGAGAAAGGACGGCCCUAAACCCACUGAGUUUGCUCUUGCCAGUGUGCUGAGUGUUUGUGGAAAUAUGGCCAUUCUCGAGCAAGGGAAGCAACUCCAUGCUCACGUGUUGUCCGUUGGAUUAGAGCACAGAGCUAUGGUACGGAGUUCUUUGAUCAAUAUGUAUGCCAAAUGUGGGAGUAUAGAAGAAGCUUCAAGGGUAUUUAAUUGGACAGAAAAUGAUGAUAUAGUGUCAUGGACAGCAAUGGUUAAUGGAUAUGCUGAACAUGGUCACAGCAAAGAAGCUAUUGAUUUGUUUGAGAAGAUUCCCAUGGUCGGUCUUAGACCAGACUCUGUGACCUUCAUUGGUGUUCUUACUGCUUGUAGUCAUGCUGGGCUUGUUGAUCUUGGCUAUCACUAUUUCAAUUCAAUGAGUGAGGAGUAUGGGAUUAAUCCUUCAAAAGAACACUAUGGUUGCAUUAUCGAUUUACUCUGUCGAGCUGGACGAUUAAGUGAUGCUGAGCACAUGAUAAGAAGUAUGCCGUUCACCCGGGAUGAUGUUGUGUGGUCAACUCUGCUAAGAGCAUGUAGAUUACAUGGUGAUGUUGAUCGUGCAAGACGUGCUGCAGAGCAGAUUUUGUUAUUGGAUCCCAAUUGUGCUGGGACCCAUAUUACAAUUGCCAAUAUCUAUUCUGCCAAAGGGAGGUGGCGGGAAGCAGCCGAUGUAAGAAAGCUGAUGAGGUCAAAAGGUGUUAUAAAGGAGCCUGGUUGGUCUUGGAUUAAGAUCAAAGACCAGGUUUCUGCAUUUGUUGCUGGGGAUCAAUUACACCCUGAAUGGGAGGAUAUAUAUGCCAUUUUGCAUUUACUUGCUUCAAGGGAAGCUAUCCAGGAGAUGGGCUCUCUUGAAUAUGAUGUUGAAGAUUUACAGAAGUUUGAGUUUUCCUUUCCUAUACUACAGGCCUCUCAUAUAGAGUGUGAUGUGUCAUUGAGACUUUCCUCAGGAAGUUGUUGAGUUUUGGAUCAGACAUAAUUAUCUACACUGAUGUCUGAGCAUCGUAACAAUUUAAAGCAAACUGAGAAACUGAUGAAACCUUGGAUGUCUAACCAGCCUCAUGGAACUACCCAAAUCCACUGCUGUUUGUUUCUAUCCUUGAUCAGGGCAUGUUUCCUAUCUCUGGGGACUGAACGGAACACUGUAUUUUUUUGGCUACAGUACUGGGCUGAUGAACUGGGACCCAACCAACAUGCUGUGAGUAUGUCAAGAAUAGCAGAUAUUUCCACAAGGAUUCACCACUGCUGAGCAUUUCUAGUAGGGUUCAUCAGACAGUUGAUGAUACUUGCGUCAUCUGCAGGCACAACUAUAUAUGGUUUUUCAUCUCUUAUGCGAGGUGUUAACUUCAAUCAUCUAUGCGUUUCACUGAUGGUUUGAGCACUGGGGAAACAAUGAACACUGAGGAACUACAGCUAAAUUAGUAUCAUCUCGUAACUUUCAGCUUUUAAUAAUCUUAAACUUUGCUCAAUCCAAGGUGUUUUUUUACAGGUAUGGCUCUUGACGUUUGCACAUCUCGCUAUUCCUCACCAUUUCAACUACCCUCUAUCAUUGAGUCGAGUAAGUUAUGGGAAAUUGAGGAAAGUGAUCAAGACCCUUUACAUUCUAGUCGAGUAAGCUACGCAAAGAUGGAGGAAAGCCGGCCAGACCCUCUACCUAGUUGAGCAAGCUAUGCAAAAAUCGAGGAAAGCAUUCCUGCCCCCUUGACCUGAAUGCCAGAUUCUUCUAUCUCUUAUGGCAAGAUCGAAUUGGAUUCUUCUCUUAUAUCUGCUACUGCCAGUGAUCGUCAACCUAAAAAAAACAAGGUAGGUUGGAUCCUUUCACCGGUGUGAGUCGAUUGUUCCUGGAAGUUUACCUCAACUUCUUGGAAGCCCAUAUUGACUCCCACCACCCCUUGGUCAUAAUGCUGGGUCGUCACUUUUCAACUUUGAGCUGUGAUGCUUUGCCUUCCCAUAAAACUCAGCUUACUUUUUUUGUGGGAGAAAAAAUGUCUGCUUCCAUGUUGUAACCGUUAGUUUUCUUCUAAUGUUGCACUGAAUGUUUCAGUUCUCUAGCAGUUGUCUGGAUCUUUAGCUGUAAACCGAAACAACUUCGCGAGUGCAGCCUUGUCUGUAUGUUCUUUACAUUGUACGCCGAUGGAGCCAAGUAAUUUUGAACAAAAUAUGGUUUGUGAGUUGUGUCCGAGAUUGUGUUUU